AUGGAUGCUUUCCCUUCUGACAUUUUGACAUGUCUACUACUGUUACUUCUUAGCAAGAAUUAUUGCUUUGGGUUUGGUGCUCGCCAGGUUAAAGAAAUGGCUGGAUUUGUUCACAGUCCCUUGACUGGGCGAUGGUCUCUAUCUGAUGAUAUUUCUGUGAACUUCAUAGCCUUUGGUACCAAAGACGACUCGCAAUCAUUCAUCAGUAUAAACUAUGGCCAAGUUGCGGACAACCUUCCACCACCACCAUCCACCGCAAAGCUUCUUCAAUCCACUUCAAUCCAAAAAGUCCGAUUAUAUGGAUCGGACCCCGCCAUAAUCAAAGCCUUAGCCAACACCAGAAUUGGAAUUGUUAUCGGCACUGCAAAUGGUGACAUUCCAGGACUAGCCUCUGAUCCCAAUUUUGCCAAGAGCUGGAUCAACACAAACGUGCUUCCCUUCUAUCCAGCUAGCAAUAUCAUCCUCAUCACUGUCGGCAACGAGGUCAUGACUUCCAAUGACCAGAAUCUCAUGAACAAGCUCUUACCAGCAAUGCAAAAUGUACAGAAUGCUCUAGAUGAUGCAUCGCUCGGGGGUAAAAUUAAGGUCUCCACAGUUCAUUCGAUGGGAGUGCUUAAGCAGUCUGAGCCACCUUCUUCUGGAAGCUUUGAUCCAAGUUAUGGGGAUCUGAUGAAGGGCUUGUUGGAGUUUAAUAGUGCGAAUGGUUCGCCUUUCGCAAUAAAUACCUACCCAUACUUUGCUUACAGAAGCGAUACAAGGCCUGAGACUCUCGCUUUUUGCCUUUUCCAGCCGAAUGCAGGACGAAUGGAUGGAAACACUAAGAUCAAGUACAUGAACAUGUUCGAUGCUCAGGUGGAUGCAGUUUAUUCUGCACUGAGUUCUAUGGGAUUUAAGAAUGUUGAGAUUGUGGUGGCUGAGACUGGAUGGCCAUUUAAAGGAGAUGACAACGACGUAGGGCCAAGCAUUGAGAAUGCCAAGGCUUACAAUGGCAAUUUGAUUGCACACCUUCGAUCGAUGGUGGGCACUCCACUCAUGCCAGGAAAAUCAGUGGAUACAUUUGGACCUGGUUCUGAGCGAUCAUCUGGUAGCCAGGUAAGAACAAAAUUUACGUGCAUUUCAUUGGUAUUUCGAGUUUUCAACAGCCAAGUGUUCUAUUCCUGAGCUUUCCUUUGAUUUGGCAUUUAAAUUUCUGUGUUUGGUUGGGAAGAUGGGUUUUAAAACAUCACUAC